AUGAUGAAUAACAACAAUAACAAUAACAAUUGUGGACGCUUCCAGUGAGUACCGUAGUUUAUAUUUGCUGGGAGAAUUCUUCAAGCUAAAAUAAGUUUUUUCAGAAAACGCUCUCGUUCUCGCAGUAUGUUCCGCAAUCGAGAUGCUCCACUUCCAAUUGCUACUAUCGAUUCUCGUCUUCUCGAAAUCAAACAACAACAUCAAAUGGCCGUUGCUCUCCCUUCUUUUGAUUCUCCAGUUAUAGCAAAUGCUCCAGUUUCAGUCAAUCCAUUAGCUGUUGCUGCUCGCGAACUCAAAUUUGCCUGUCAACUUGCUCAUGGAUCACCUGUUGCAAUCAUUGAAAAAUGGUCAGAUAUGUCCGAAUUGUAUCAAUCAAUUGCUGAUUGUUUUGAUAUCAAUAAGAAAGAUAUUAUUUAUUUGACUGUCAAUGAUUUCAAAGUGAGUUAAAUUUUCAAUAAUGUAUUUAUGAUCAAAAUUGAUUAUUUACAGCUUGAUAUGCGCAAUUUGUUCACUGGAACCCUCAAUUUCAAGGAUAUGCUUUAUGCUCAUAUUCGUGGCCAAGCUGUCGAACUUGAACUUGUCAAAGAUUCUGAUAAUUUUGGUGUUACAAUCACAGAUAAUGGAUUAGGAAAUGCUUUUAUCAAAAUCAUUAAUCCUGGUUCAAUUUUCCAUCGAGCUUCUCCUGCAACAAUGGUUGGACAAUUAAUUGAAAAAAUCAAUGGAGAAACUGUAUUGGGAUAUCGACAUUAUCAAGUAGCAAAAAUAUUGAGAUCAAUCAAAAAAGGAGAUAAAUGCACACUUCGAUUGAUUUCACCAAAAACAGCAAAUCAACCAAUGAAAGAAGUUCGAAAACCAGCGAAUGAUUUGGUAAAAGGAACAAUUCGAUUCAAAUCAGAUGGUGGAUUUGCAGUUGAAAAUAUUCAAGAUCAAAUGAUCCAAGCAGAAAUGUGUGGAAAAUUGAACGAAUUGUUUGACGCUUAUCUUGGAGUUCAAGAUGAUCAAUUGGCAAUGAGAAUUUGGGAAACUGCUGUUCACUGUAACACACUUUGGGAACUUAGUGAUGCGAUCAAAAAAUCUGAAUUGGCCAUGUUUGAUUUUCCUGAUGGACUUGUUUUUGAUAUGUGGGGAAUAAUUGGCGAUUUGAAACGCGAACAAAAUGCUUCGAGAAGUUCUGCAAUUCCAAUUGUCAAGAAUACUUCUCGUCAAUCUGCUAUGUCUAUUUUUCACUAA